UCGUUUCUUUCUAACGCCUAUUCUGAUUGGGUGGAUCAAGUGUCAAUCAAAGCGUUAGCCACGUCCCCUUUCUGGACAUCAAACCAACCACAGAGGAAAAACUGCAACUGGGGCUAAACAUAGGGGGAAAGUGUUACAAAUCGUUUUUACAAUAUCAGUGAUUUAAUCGCAAAUUUUCAAGAAUAUCCUUUUUUCCUGCUUUUCGACAACUUUUUCCCUGUUUGGUGCGGCCGUGUGGGGAUGGAUGAGAUGCGGCCUAGCAGCGGAGCAGCAGCGCACCUCGGCCUCGCCUCGAUCUUUCCCCCGGGAUUGCAGGCCAUUUAUGGGGAAUGCAGGCGUCUGUAUCCCGAUCAGGCGAACCCGCUGCAAGUCACAGCCAUUGUGAAGUAUUGGUUAGGGGGUCCAGAUCCUCUGGACUACAUUAGUAUGUACAGAAACUUGGGAUGUCCUGGACAAGAUGUGCCAGAACACUGGCACUAUGUCAGCCUGGGUCUAAGUGACUUGUAUGGGGACAACAGAGUUCAUGAAUUCACCGGUCAAGAGGGCCCAAGUGGUUUUGGUUUUGAGCUCACAUUUCGCCUGAAGAGAGAAGCAGGAGAGACGGCACCCCCUACCUGGCCAGCUGAGCUCAUGCAAGGCUUGGCUCGAUACGUGUUUCAAUCAGAAAACACAUUCUGUAGCGGUGAUCACAUUUCGUGGCACAGUCCGUUGGACAACAGCGAGUCUAGAAUCCAGCAUAUGCUACUCACAGAGGACCCUCAGAUGCAGCCCAUGCAGACCCCCUUUGGUCACAUCAGCUUCCUUCAGAUUGUUGGUGUUUGCACAGAGGAGCUGCAGGCAGCGCAGCAGUGGAACGGUCAAGGCAUUCUGGACCUGCUGAGAGGAGUGCACAUUGCUGGGGGUCCAUGGUUAAUCACUGAUAUGAGAAGAGGGGAAACUAUAUUUGAUAUUGAUCCACACUUGCAACAGGAACGAGUGGAUAAGGGCAUAGAGACGGACGGCUCUAACCUGAGCGGGGUCAGUGCCAAGUGCGCCUGGGAUGACUUGAGCCGACCUCCCGAGGAUGAGGACGACAGCAGGAGCAUUUGCAUUGGGUCACAGCCACGCAGGCUGUCCGACAAAGACACUGAACAGAUUAGAGAAGCCCUGAGGAAAGGACUGGAGAUUAACAGCAAGUCUGUCCUGCCUCCCAUCAGCAGUCAGAAGCACAGUCACGACCGGCCACAACAAUCAGUUGGACAUUUCCAGACCCAGCAGAUAUCAAGGAGCCGUAAGGACAGUCUCGAGAGCGAGAGUUCGGCUGCUAUUGUCCCUCAUGAGUUGGUGCGAACACGACAGCUGGAAAGCGUGCAUCUGAAGUUCAACCAGGAGUCUGGGACUCUUCUCCCACUGUGCCUCAGAGGUCGUCUGCUUCAUGGCCGUCAUUUCACAUAUAAAAGCAUUAAUGGAGACACGGCAAUCACCUUCGUAUCCACUGGGGUAGAAGGGGCCUUUGCCACAGAAGAGCAUCCGUAUGCUGCUCAUGGACCAUGGUUACAGAUACUACUUACUGAGGAGUUUGUAGAGCAGAUGCUAGCUGACGUUCAGGAUUUGAGCACCCGUGAAGUGUCUAAGCUGCCGAAGGAGUACAGCUGGCCCGAUAAGAAGAUAAAGAUCUCUGUCCUGCCAGACACAGUGUUUGACAGCCCACUGCAAUAAGACUGGGAGCACACUGUCCCUGAUUACAAACCCACAUCUACAGAAAGGAGCUCAACUCUUUUGCCAGGCUCAUGUGCCUACAGACGGCUGAAGGAAACAGACAUUCAGACACUUCCCCUUUUCCCAGAGAGCAUCGUAGAUGAUUGCACAUGACACAGAACAUUUUGUACAUGUACAACAUUUUGUAUGGUCCGUUAUACCACUUGUCUUUGCAUUGGUUUACCUAUUCACUCUUAAGGGAAAAAUGGUGAUUUUAUGUUUUUUUAGUUUUUCUGGUCUCCGUUUUAAAAAAAACAUAUUUCUUGUUGAACGUUUAGCAGCACGAGACAAUGUGCAAGCACCGGUGCCUUUAUUCACCUUAGAAUGGACUGAAGUUACAUACAGAAAAUUUGCUUUUCUAAAUCCUGCUUGUAAUGUGAAGGAAAGCAUAGAAAGCAUGCUUUUAAGUAUGUUUAUCAAAAACAAAUCUGGUUUUACCUGUUUUUACUCAUUUGCAUAUAUAAAAUACAGCUGUGCCUAUUUAAGGUUGAUAUUUCAUAAGGUCUUCAUUUAGUUUAGUCAAACAAUAGCUGGUUAGUCAGUUCACCUUCACAAUACCAAAGCCUGUACAGAAUGGGUGUUUUCUAAACCUCAUGUCAAAUGUAAAGUUGAGAAGCACGAAAUAGUUCCCUGAUCUUUCUUUUGAUUAUUUUUGUAAACUAUUGAACUUGUAUUGAACUUCACUUCAUUUGACUUUAUGAUUGCAUUCCAAGCCUCUUUAUAGCGAAGCAAACUAACUGGUUCCUGGACAGCAAUCUACUUUCUAGAAUGUGCGUUUGUUAUUUUUGGGAUGUGUGCACAAUAAUAUAGGUCAAAGUUUAAAAAAGAACCGCUAUUAGUGCUUUUAAAAAGAUGAAUUUAAUUAGUGUACUGGCUUUUUUUUAUAUAUUCUGGAGAAUCACUACACUGCCUGUGGUUUUGUUGCCCUUAAGUGCAUUAAAGUUAUUUACAUAAAUCAGGAUGUUUGUGUUGAUUUUGACGACACAACCUGAAAAAAUGCCAUGCUCCACUUUUGCAAAUUAAAU